UAUAGCGUGACGUUACCAAAUUUAUUCACUCCUAUCCACCGAGCGAUUCGAAAUUAUAACUCAUUGGACUGUUCCAGUAGCACCCUUUGCAACCGGUACCGUGCUUUUUCCAUGGAAAUGAGUUCCGACACCAUUAAGCUGUUGAUCUGUGGAAGUGGUAAUGGAGCGCACGCAUUUGCCGGUAUCGCGUCAUCUUUGAAAGGAACUGAAGUUCGAGUGCUUAGUUUGUAUCAAGAUGAAGCAGAGCGCUGGAGUGCUGCAAUGCAGAAGACAGACCUGAAAGUUAUCCUACAUCGGAAGGGAAAGGAGCCAACUUCCAUUUUGUCCAAACCUGCACUGGUAACAAAAGACCCAGAGGAUGCCAUCCGAGAUGUUGACAUCGUGGUCUUUGUUCUGCCAGCAUUUGCCCAUCAAGUUUUCCUUGAUACCUUAAAGCCUUACAUAAAACCUGGCACAAUAUUGGUCGGCCUACCAGGGGAACCAGGCCUUGACUUCCAAAUUCGUCACGUGCUAGGCGAAACAGCGCAGCAAUGCACGAUCAUGAAUUUUGAGUCGUUACCAUGGGCAUGCCGCACCACUGAGUUUGGUGUUAAAUGCGAGGUUCUUGGCACCAAGGAAACUCUACAAGGAGCCAUGAAGAAAGGAGAUGUGCCAUCUAAGAAAGAACCAGUCUCUACACUGCAAUAUCUCCUUGGACCCCUCCCUAAACUGAUCGUCUCCGGUCACCUACUAGGCGUUCAGUUGAUGAGCGUUAACGCCUACCUGCACACGUCAAUAGUGUACGGUCAGUGGGAAGGGUGGGACGGCAACCCAGUUGAUGAGGCUCCUCUGUUCUAUCAUGGUGUGAGUGAGUCAACUGCCAAACUUACGUCCACUGUUUCAGAUGAGGUACUAGACAUUGCCAAGGCUAUCGAGAAGAGGUCCGGAGCUGACAUGUCUGGUGUUGUCCACUUGUAUCAGUGGUACAUGCGCUGCUAUCCUGAAGAUAUCACCGACAAGACCAACUUUUACACCGCAAUACGGAGCAACGCUGCCUACGAAGGGCUAAAACAUCCUGUCAAGGCAACCGAAGAUGGCAAGUUUCUGCCGAAUUUCGCGUACCGUUACACGAUGGAGGAUAUCCCUUAUGGUUUGGCUGUCAUCAAGGGUAUUGCAUAGAUUGUUAAAGUUGAAACGCCGAAUAUUGACAAGGUGCUUAUAUGGUGUCAGGAGAAAAUGGGCAAAGAAUAUCUCGUGAACUCAAAGUUUCAAGGCAAAGAUAUCGCUUCAUCCAGAGCACCGCAGAGAUAUGGAUUCACCACUCUGGAAUCCAUCUUGUAAAACCUUCCGAUACGUCAGUAUAUGAAGAAAAGGAAAACAUUACAUAACUACGUAAUAUAUGUAAACAGUAACUGUUCUUUUUUACUGCGAAAGUUUUUCCCGUAACGGAAAAAUUUGGACGUCUCAUAAACUGGGAGUUUUUAAUUAUAGUAAACUCUUUAGCUAUAGUUCUUCAAAAUCAGCAAUACAUUCCGACGAUUAAUGGGGUUGGUCAGCGAUUAAAUAGACUAAAUUACCAAUGGCUUCCCACUAGGUUGUGUCAGUGAGUAGUGUAUCCAUAAGCUGAAAGGUUGCACGGUAGAUGCAUGUAAAUUACUCGAUCACGGAAGGUUAUAAUAGUUGCCUUGGAGCUUGCAUUUGUCAGCCAUUUAGGACCAGCGUUGGGGUGCCGUAUCGUCCCCAGCAGUCAGCUAUAACAAAGAAAACUGAGACGAGCGGGAUGCAGCACUGAAUGGGGUAAAGAAGUCUCUCGUCCUAAUUUCCUUCCCACGUUAAUCAUGAAACGUUAUUCUAACAGUAUUUUCUAGCAAAAAGUGUCUGGGGACGAGUCCGUGACUGCACGCUAGCAAAAGUUCAGUUGCAAGAAUCGGUGUAACAUAUAGUUUAGAGUUCGCUUAUGUGUUUUGGCAGAAAUGUUUUAUUGGCUCACUGUGUUCCUCAUACCUUUCUUCUUUAACACUUAAGUUGGUAUAUAACUGAACUGAACGACUUUAAUCCGCAUUUAAUAAUGGCGACAAGAUGACGCCGAAACGUCAUGUUAUAACGUUCAGUUUUUCCUUUUAAAAUUUUAAAUUUAGGACUGUGACUUAAAUUAGAAAUAAAGAACCACAACAUUGUGCCCAUAUA